GACGUUUACAAAAAAAAAAGUGAGUUGUGGUGAUGGUUGUAAUUACUCUUAUAAAAUAAAACUGAACAGAAACUAUUUCAAGCGGUCUGAAGAUGCCUUUUAAAGGGUUACGUUUUGCAGGAAAGGGAAUAUUGUUAGUACGCAGAGCCCUCCUCGAGCACCCAAGGCACCGAUCAGAACAGCUCGCUUCAUUGAGGUUGGUUAGCUCUGAUGGGAAACCAGAAGCUAAGAAAGCACCACUAAGGACUCCAAAAACCCCACAAGGUAGAUUUGAUAGUCCCGAGCAAGCUCCUAAGGAGACAUAUCCUCUGGAAAGAUUUCCUGAUGACAUAAACCCAGUUACUAAAGAGAAAGGAGGACCAAGAGGCCCUGAGCCAACUCGAUAUGGGGACUGGGAGAGAAAGGGACGAUGCAUUGAUUUUUAAUCCAACGAGAAUGUCAUAAUAUAUGCUUAUUUCUUGUCUGAGAAAUGUUAAGUUCAGAGGAUGAAGAAAUACAUUGAACAGUGAAAAAUAAAAAGAUGAAUCCCCUUUCUUCCUGUUUUGUCCCCCCCCCCCCCAAAAGAAAACAACUUCUUUGUU